CCUCAGCCCGGCAGAUUGGAGAUUUUUUUUUUUCACUCUCUCUCUCUCUCUCUUUCUCUUUCAGAAAAUAAAACACGUUUUAGCGUCUCGGGGGCAAUUUAUUCAGUGCAAAUAGCGAGUAUAGCUGAGAGCCUGCAUAUUUUGCAAAGGUGCACGGAUGAGCAGGCACGGACCGGUCCGGCGACUAAUUACCAUAAUAAGGCGCACAAGUUCGCCAGCGAGUCAGGCGCGUUUUAUUUCUCCGUAUUACCAUGUAGCCAGUGCCGCAGCGGGGAGAUAAUCGGGCGGAGGGAGCAGUUACACAGAGAGAGAGAGAGAGAGCGAGAGAGAGAGAGAGAGAGAGAGAGAGAGAGAGAGAGAGGAGCUGGCAGCACAUGAUCACACAAGGCUAUCCAGUCACUGAUCAACUGGAGCAUUCGUAAUUGCGCUGGCGACAACAUAUGGGAAUACAACAAGGCGAGAUUGUGGUCACACCUGGUUGUGGAGGACGCCGGAGAACCCGUGCGGGAAAAGGGCGGCCAAAUCCGAGGGACUUUGCAUCAAACACAGCCGAGAGAGAGACACGGAGGGAGCGUGGCGUCCGAAGCGCCAUCCGGUAGAGAAUAAAUCUGAAGCCAGAGGUGACAACUAAUCUACGUCAAAGCCCAACGUAUAAAAACACAGAAGAAAGAGUUGUCUCCGAAAAAUAAGUGGGAGCACCUCCAGCAUCGGCCAGUUUUCACACUACAUGUCGAGAAGAUACAGUCUGCAGACACUGACGGAGUCGUGUUGGGAGGAAUAGUGCAAAUGGUGCAGCAGGACCUCCUCCCCUGUCAGCCCCACUUCAAAAAGGUGGAGGUCACAGGAUUCCAGCUCCCAUCAAGGAUUUGAGGAUUAACCACAGACCUGGGAAAGAGAGACAGUGCUUAUGUUCACCAUAAUGGCGCCUGCUAGAGUGGCCAAACUGCUGGCUCGGCUCUUCCUGCUGUUUCUCUGCUUGACACUACAUGCCGGUAUGCUUCAGUUUGCUGCAGCCACGAUACAAGGGUACAUUGGAGACAGGGACAUGAUAUGCCCAUCUGUAUGCAGGUGCGAUGAGGACUUUAUCUACUGUAAUGAUCGUGGCCUGAACUCCAUCCCCUCAUUGCCUCCUUCUGCGUCUGUCCUCUACCUUCAGAACAACCACAUAAACAACCCAGGCUUGCCCACAUCUUUGGAGCGCCAUCUUGCCGUCCGUGUGGUCUACCUCUAUGAUAACGAACUGGAUGAAUUCCCCAUGCACCUGCCACCAUCCGUGCGUGAACUGCAUUUACAGGACAACAACAUCCGCACUAUUCCUCGGAGUGCGCUGGCUCGGAUGCCCUUGUUAGAGAAGCUCCACUUGGAUGACAACUCUAUUUCCACUGUCAGUAUUGAGGAUCAGGCUUUUGCUGACAACCCACGGUUACGCCUGCUUUUCCUUUCACGCAACCAUCUGUCUAGUAUCCCCUCAGGAUUGCCUGCAUCUCUAGAAGAGCUGCGUCUGGAUGACAACCGAAUCUCCACUAUCCCAACCCAUGCCUUCCGAGGCCUCACCUCACUUAGAUGUCUUGUCCUGGAUGGGAACCUUUUGGCAAACCAGCGCAUUGCAGAUGACACAUUCUCCCGCCUUUCCAACUUGACCGAGUUAUCUCUAGUCCGUAACUCCCUCCAAACCCCACCUGUCAAUCUGCCCAGCGCCCAUCUGCAGCGCCUGUCUCUACAGGACAAUGCCCUCACUCAUAUGCCACGUGGUUCCUUGGAUGGCAUGCGCAGGCUCCAGAGGCUAGACCUGUCAGGAAACAAUCUGACCACCCUGCCGAGGGGACUGUUCAAAGACCUGGACAGCCUGGGUCAGCUGCUGGUGCGAGGUAAUCCUUGGCACUGUGGCUGCAACCUCCGCUGGUUAUAUGAUUGGCUGCAUGCCCGUGGUAAUUCUAUCACUGUCAGAGGUCUCACCUGCCAUGGACCUGAUAGAGUGCGAGACAUGGCUUUGACAGACCUUACCAGUGAAAUGGAGGAAUGUGAGGUGGUGAGGACAGCAGGGACCAGAGACAGAGUGGGGGGAGGUGGAGUGGAUAGCUCUACUACUCACACCCCUCCACAAGGCUCUCUCUUCACCCUUCGCUCAAAACGACCUGGACUGGGGCUUCCUGAUUCUGGCUUAGACUACACUCUUAGCAGCAGUGCUGUUGGGAAGAGCCUGGCCCUCAAUGUGAAGCCUCUCUCUCACAACAGCGUCCGUGUUACCUGGAGCGUGGCUCAGCCCACCUCCUCUUUCAGACUGAGCUGGCUCCGACUGGGCACUGGGAAUGCUAUGGGAUCAAUCACGGAGACGUUGGUCCGGGGGGACCGUCGAGAGUACCUGCUCACUUCGUUGCAACCUCGCUCGAGCUACAUCAUUUGCAUGGUGCCUUUGCCUGCCAGUUCAGAAAGCAAAGGGGGGAUUUCUGGAGAUGCUGACUCUGAUGAAGCUUUGGUGUGCGCAAAAGCUGAAACGUCAGACCUCACCCCACUGGAGGAGGAGGAGGAUGAGGAUUCACAGCAAAUGACAGCGCUGCCCUUGGCAGGGAUUAUUGGUGGGGCCUCCGCCAUUGUAUCUCUGGCUCUCAUUUUUGGCAUCUUCUGUUGGUACGGACAUAGGACUGGGCAUUUGUGUUCUCGUGACCACUAUACUCGCAGCAGCUCUCGAAAAAGCAAAAGCUAUGAUGAUUACAUCGAGUCAGGCACCAAGAAGGACAAUACCAUCUUGGAGAUCCGUGGCCCGGGGUUCCAGAUGACGCCUAUGGCGGCUUGCCAGCCAAUGCAGCCUAAACCGCUACGAGAGGAUUACAUCAUUCACACCAUAUUCCCCUCCAAUGGCACUGGCCUGUACAAAGGUGCCAACCAUGUUUCUAAUGCAGGACAUGGCACCAACCGUGGCUAUAGAGAAGGAGGAAUCCCAGAUAUAGACUACUGUUACACAUGAUGUACUGUACCAGAUCCUGUUCACAGUGUUAUCGGUAAACUGUAUAGAUGCACAAUUUCCCUUCGCAUGGACACUUCUGAAGCACCCCUCUGUGCCUUCUUCUUCUGGUCACCCAUUCCAAAUUACCUGCUGUUCAAUGCACUGAAAGUACUGUAUGUGAUUAACUGGAACUGAAACCAUGUGGGAACAGUUCACUGCAGGAAGCAGCAGCCUGUGCCCCAGGUGUAAAUGCACAGCUGACCACUUCUUCACCAUCUUAGUAAUGGCCUGUGUAUGUUUUCUUUUCUGCUCUUUCCCUGUGACAUGUAAACAAAGAAUGUAUCCACUGUGGAAAGGUCAAACUCAGCUUAGGUGCAGGUAGAGUUCCUCCUCCACACAUGGGAGCCACAGCAGUCAGUUCUAAAGGGAUUAAGAAAUGAUGAGGAACAGACAUUUUUGGUACUCAUUUCCUGCUCACUGAUCAUAACACAGUAUGUAGUCUUAUCAACUCAUUGUUCCAAAUGCCUCAACUAUAUUGAUGUGCCCUACCAGCUAUCCAAGGAAAGGGCUUUGUAAAGCUGUGAAUUGUUCUAUUUCAAACGAUCCAAUAACCACUUGUCUUAAAGUAGGCUUGUUAUUACCUUAUUCAUUAGUUGGCAGGUUGAAGAUCUUAUCAGGGCUGUUUGGCCUUGGUUAUACCUCUCGAGAUCAUUCACCUGAGAUCAGUAUUGUAGUGCUGCGUCAGAUUAUGCAGCACAAGCGUGUAGAUAAUUUACUUAGAUACCGACUGGGCUGUGUUUGAAAAACGCUUUGCUAUUUUUAUCAGUGGUUUGUUUAGUAAUCAAAUCCUGCACAGCUCUCUUUAUUUAUUUAUUUUAUUCCUUAUGUGAUGGUUUUUGUCUCUGCUAAAAUGGCUUUUUUUAAUUUUCUCAUUCAUGUUUGUCAUUACUGAUGAAACCCAGCUUUGGUGAAGACAGUGGAUUUGGUUCAUCUUAACAACAAAAUAUGAGAAGUGAAGACAACAUCCUGACGGCUGUCUCCCAGUUCAUGUUUUCUUAAAUGCAGCAGAGUGAAUUUCUGAGACUGUUUAUAAUAUGUAAUUUGAAAAUUAGACCCCAUCCAAAGACUAGCAUGUCAGCCCACUGAGACGGUAGAAACCAACCUCAGUCCCUCUUUUCCCAUUUUGUGCCUGUGUGCUUAACCUGUGACUUCAUUUGAUGACUUAUGGUUAUAAAAUGUUUCUUCCACAUUCUUAUAGUGAUGACAGUGUUCACAGAGAAUCCAGACAGGACAAAAUACUAAUGUGGAGCCUCCUGUGAGAGGCAGACUUCUGUGAGUGAACUUUGAAAUGAGGGCAAGAACUGUGAGUGCAACUGAGGAGAACUGAGGAGACUCAAACCGCAACACUGUUGACCUGCACUGUGGGGCAGCGGCCAAGCUGUGGGUGGGUGGAUGGACUGGCGGGGGAGUUUGGAGGUGGAUUGACUCCUCAGUAAGGGGAGUUCAUUGAUGUUUGUUUUAGCAAAGGUAAAAGGCCUCCACUCAUUCCACCUCUUUUAUUACUGAGCAGCACUAAAAAUGUAAAUGUAUUAGCACUUAGUAGAGAGCAGGGAUAAAUGUAAUGACGGCAAGGGGAGACGGAGAGUAAAGAAACAUCUCUAGGCACGGACAAAGAUACAGAAUAGAUGGCUGUGGCACGUUGGAGUUCACCCAUGCAUAAAUCUGUUUUUCAUAUUCAGCUUCUCCCCUUGGGUUUAAUAUUGUCCAUCAGUUGUUUACCACUGUGUUGCUUCCAAAGGGGAAACCAAUUGUGCUUCCUUGACUUUGCUGUCUGCCAGAGUUUUACACUGGACUCAGACAAUAUGUCAGUGGAAUGUAUAUUUUAUCUUGCACCCAAAAUCAUUGGCUUAAUCAAAUAACAUCUUACUGGCCUGGCUAAUUAUAUUUUGGGGAAUGUUGAUAUAGUGUAAUUGGUAUUUUAUAGUGGGUCUAUUCAAGACACGUACUUCCUCAUCAUUUGUAUAAAUAAUACCAUGGCCACAGCCACAUGAGUAUUUUUUCUGGUCAAAAUAUAGAAAGUAAUGGUGCCAUAACUUUGCGUAAAAAAAUUAUGUGAACCUGAGAUAUGUGUGGAAUUUGCUUUAUAAGUUCAUCUUCAGAGGGGAUCAAUAAAAAGUUUUAUAAUCUUGGUAUUACUGCAACCUGUCAUUUCACCUAAUGCCUGAGGAGACUGACUUUUUUUCUAACCCACUAUAACUUCUUGACCUGAAAAUAACCUUGCAUGGAGAUAGGAGUAGGAGAUAAACUUCUAUCCCAAGGAGUCAGCGUACUAAAAAUUAGACCUACAUAUUGUUUUCAUUUGAUGAGCAACACUGGGAUAAAACACGGCCAACUGCAGCCUGAAGCCAGACACCUGGAACCAGCUAAGAUUAUAAGAUGGAGCUGAGAAGCAUCAACAGGCCGCUGCCCUUGGUGACGUAGCAUUUACAUGCAGCCUGGGACUGCACAUGGCUGAAUGAGUCCAACUCCAGAUGAACAACUUCAUCAGAACACUUAAGAUGAAAUGGAGCAACCAGCCUCAACUAGGUUGAAAUUUCAGUUCACUUGAAAGGCCUCAGUGACCUCUGAAUCUCAUCCAUCUAUGAGACAGGAACUUGCUUCAUUUAGGGAAGGAAAACAAAGUUGUUUCAUUUUCAAUACAAAUUAGUCCAAGUCAGUUAUCAUUUUAUUUUUUAGAGAUUGAAUUUGAAAAAGUGGGGCUUGUCUUUAAUUCAUGGACUAGACCAUUUCAUGUUCACAUGUUUCUUUCCGAGUUAGUCUGGCCUAAAAGUCUUUUGUUAGGUCAUUUUAACCUGUGUAAUGUGUUUUGCUGCUUCUUUAAGAACCAGAGAUAAAAUCUGUCAAACAGUGAAGAAUUACAGCUGUCACACCUCAAAAAGUCUGAAAGAUGAUGUCAGUGAAAAUUGUUUUGAUUUCAACUGUCUGACAGGAGAGACUAAUACACAAAUGUGGGUUUUACAUAGUACUGUAUUUCAUGUUUCACUUACAUGCAAGAAAAGACUUCACUCAUGA